GGUUGCUGAAAACUUUCAAAUCUUCUCCCGUUGUCGCGCAGAAAGUUACGUCGAUUUUCUCCUUGCUUUUGGCUGGGAAAUCAGCCAUGGCGGGAGCCUAUCAACCAACAACAGUUCAGAAUGAAGAAAUAGACGAUGAUGAAAGGACAUUAUUUUGUAAUCCAUUCCAUGGUCGAAGAGAAGGAGAUCUAGAAAAGGCUCGCGGACAUCGAAGGCGCCAAAGCAAAAAGGACUUCGAGGCUGAAGGGCAAGAACGUGUGAAUCAGUGGUAAUUACUUCGAUCGGAUGUUUAUUCGUUGCUUUGGUAUUCUGCAGUUAGUUUAUUUUGGUCUUAAAGAUAAUAAAUGUUCGACAAAUCCAAUAUCUGGCGCGAUUGUACAGCCAACAUGAUCUCGAUCGUGUGAAUUCAUCCUUAAUGAUCAUGCACGAAGCAUUUUUGCCAAUCGAUCGAGUUGUUGCAGUUUUAAGCUAACGAGUGCUUAACAGCAGUCUUUUCGCGCUUAUUUAGAAUUUAAGCAGAAUUUCUCAGGUUUGUUCCUUCGAUUGAAGGUUGUUUACGCGCUGUGUUUCACGUCAAGAUGGCCAAGUUGACGACGGAGCGAGCAGUGCUGUCCCAACUCCUGCGGGUUCUGAGUAUCAUCUACCUGGUCGAGGAACAGCCGCAACAGAUACUGUACAUCCGAGCCAACUGAACCGUGCCCAGACGAUUAAAAAGUACGUACCGAUUGUUGCUGAUAUUUCUUUUUAUGUUAGGUUUUCUGUGGUCUCAGUAUUGUCCCUGGAAUUGCAAUGAAAGUAUGACGAACAACGUACCCACUUCAAUAUGUACAGCUAUUUUGAUGUUGUUGACUUCCGGUACAUAAAAUUUUUUACAGAAAUCGAUUGCUCUUCGCUUAAAACAAAGAUUUGUUUGUUUUGAUGAAGUUUAUAUGUGACUUUAAUUCUGUUUCAUUCUUAAAUUAGUUCUGAUUAUCAUUUGGUAACCUGCUUGUGAAAAUCGCGUGAUGAAAUUUACACUUCAAUUCGAGUUGACCUUGUAAAUUUGCAUAAAAUAUCUUGAAACAUUUUCUUUCACUGUAACCGCGGAAACAAUAUUUGAUGGAAUGUGAAAUGACCGAACAUAACAAUAUUUAGAAUCCACUCGUUGUGUUAACGUGCCAAAAUGGCUUAUGCGAAUGAAGGCCGUGGUUCAUUUGACGCUAGGGCUACAGGCGUUUUUUACACCCAGCAACAUUACAACUUCGACGACUUGGAUGAGGGCACAGACUUCAACGAUGACGGAAUUUAUCCUCAGUUUAUACAGUACUAUCAAGAAAGAGAGCGUCCUAGACCCAGUUUUGAUUUCACGACUCUGGGACGAAUGGGUCCGAGGGCAAGUUUAGCAAGCCUUUCACAUACUCUAAAACGUGGAAAAGGGUAAAUGUCGACAGGUAUUUUAUACCCGGUAAAUCGAAUAAUCUUUGCCCCUAGGGGGAGACACUAAAUUGUUUUGGGGAUAUGUAAGUAAUGACUCCAUUAGAAACGCUUUUGUGUUUGCAAAAGGUGUUGACCUUGAAUUAUACAGCAAUUAGUUCAUGAUCAAGUCACAGUGUCUGGUUAAACAAUGGAAUUGUUAGUGUUUUAUUGUUUGAAAGGAGAACGAUCCAUGACAAAGUACAUAUGAGACUAGAAAAUCUGAUAAGCGAUUGAUUUUAAGACUAACACACUCAUUUGCAUAAACCAGUUGUUUUUAUCAACACACUCAAUGGCAUAAGCCAGAUCUUUACAGAAAAGAGAACUGUUUUAAAUGCCACUUUGUCUCUGAUGUGACUUUUUUGUUAUUUGAAUAACCCGAGACAAAAUCAAAUCACCAUAGCAAUUAUCACCAUGUUAUGGUAACCCUUGAAAUAACAGAAACUUACGACCUAGACAAUAAUGGAACAUUUGUUGUUACAAUUGAAGUGGGCAUGGUUUACAAAGAAAGUUACUGGAACAGUCAUAUUAUUUUAAUUUCUUGCAACAAUGACUGAUUUUGAAACUUGAGUUUCAAAUUCUGAGUAAAUUUGUACCUUUCCAUCCAAUAUUUCAAUAUUGUUUGGUCAAUAAUGAGCUCUGUACACACAGCUAACAGUGUUGGUAGAAUAUUGCAUGAAACGGAUCUGAUUCGACAUGGAAAUUUAUUAAGGUCAUUAUCUACCUAAAUAUUAUAUAUUUUUAAGUCAAAGAUUGGUGUUUUAAAAAUUUUAUCAUGGCUUGAUUGGCAAAUCGACUCAUAACAUUUUAUCCCACUGGUUACACAAGGUCAUUGCUCUCAACCUGUGAAAUCCAUGGUGCCCAGCAAAUGAUUUUUCUGAAAAAACCUAAGAUUCCUUUGUUGAUUAAGAGUAAAACUAAGUCACCAUUGCUGUUGGGCACCAUUAAAGCACAGCUCUGUUACAAUUGCUAAAUAUUUACUCAUAGCCGAGUGCCAUGGAAGAGAUCCCCCCAGAAAAUGUGGUUGAGGAAAAGCGACUAGUGCCUUUCAAUUCUUACCCAUUUCAGACCAAAGUAUGAGAUUCUGCUGAUCCUACUGCAGGCGUAACUCAAAAUUCAAUGCCAUAAUUCAUACAAACUGUUGCAGAAUGUACUCCAUGAUGAAAUGUUCUUAGUUAGUAGCUGUUUGGGUUUGCAUCAACGUCGUAUAAGGUCUUUGAAUAAAACUACAGCAGACUUCUCAAGACCCUUUUUCAGAGCACAAUCUUAAAAACCCUAUAGCAAAUUUCAGACGAGGUGCUCAAAACCAUACUCUGUGCCACAAAGAGAGUGAAGUAAAUACAUCAGUUUAAGGAUAGUGAUCAUUUCAUGUUUCCUUUCCACAAGGGAUGAAAAAACUCAAUAACAGUUAGUCAUCUACUAAAGUUGUCAUGUUUUGAUUGAAUAGGAAAAUCAUUAAAAGCACAGAGAAUUUUUUUGGUCUCGGAGACUGUGAAGAACAGCAUGCUAACCUACAGAGGAAAUGGACUCAAAGAAGGAAACGGCAUUACCAUAAGCGCUAUGGGGCUUUGGUGGAAGAAGAUGCAAUGGAUGGUGCCAUGCAACGCGGCAAAUCAAGUGGUGCAGGUAGCAUCAGUAGCUAUCAGAGCUCUCGUCACAUGCAAGCUGACCCUAACCUAGUGCGCACAUUAAGCAGAAGAGAGUCAGUAGCAAGCCUGGCUUGGAAAAAAGUUAGGAAAAUGAGAGAGGAGCCUGGGGUAAUUUUUUGUUAAUUCAUUAAAUUUAUUUCUGUGUUUUUGUUUUUCACAGGACUAAGUUUUUUGUCUUUUUUCCAUCUUUUAUUACAACAGGGCCAAUUCACUAAUGUUUAUAUUCUUCCUAGUGGUUUUCUUACAUUUCCUAGAGAUGGUUCUUUAUCUAGUCUGGAGAAUUGGUUUGACCUUAUGUAUUUUGCUUAAAGUCAGUUUUAGUAUCCAGUAAUGCUCUUAUCGGCUGAGAUAAAAGUAGCCUAUCAAUAUUAAAUAGUUAAAUGGCAACAAGCCAUAACUAAAUGAUGUAGAAAUAGGCAUAAUUGCUUGAUAAUAGGCAUGGCCUUGAUGAUUGUUUAAAUUAAAGUUGUAUUUAUGUAAAGUAUGUGUACAAACCAUAAUAAUUUGAUGGCCAAAAUUAAUAUUUUUAUGAAUAAAGGUUUAAUUGAAAGACAAACUGACGUAAUUGGAAUAGAAACAGACAUAAUUGAAUGUACAAUUAAUAAUUAAUCAAUUACUGCAUGUGGACAGUAAAUAGUAAUUUUGAUUUAAAAACUGCUUUAUAAUUCUGCCUCUAUCCCAUAUGAAGACUGCUUUUUUGUCAACAGGGUUUUAAAUCACCAGGCAAGGCUCAGCCAGCGUGUUUGUUGCUGGAAGCUGGACGUAGCUUCUCUCCAGCUGUUAUGUCCCAGACUGAUGAGGAUGAAGUGGACAGUGCAUUUCAUGCUGAAGGUGUUCGUGUAAGUUUUUUACUGUACAUAUGUAUUCAGCGUGCAAAGAAAGUAGUGUCCGAUAGCCUGGGGCUAGUGGAUUUUGCUAUCGGGCUAGUGAAUUCUGUUUUUAACUUGCCUGACGGGCAAGUGAUAUUUUUUUAGGAAUUCGAAUAACAGAAGAACUGUAAUCAAUCCCACUUAUCAAAUUUUUUCGGGCUAGUUGAAAUGACUUUCGGACUAGUACAUGCUAGCUACAGCUUGCCCAAAUGGCAAGCUGUAAAACUGACUUUUUUUGCACCUUGGUAUUUAAUCCAAUUUUGGUCUGAUCAGGUUUUGUUGAUGCCUCCUUAAAACGGCGGAGCUCGUAGUAUAGGUGCUUCAUUGAAUUAGCUGUAAAGUUUUGGAUCUAAGGUGUUUUGUUUUUCUUUACAAAACAUUCCUAGUGAUGUUUUUUUAUGUGACUAAGUCACUGUGUAUCCUGACCCUCUCUUUUUCAUUGUAGGGGAUUGAUGAAGGUUCUGUUGAUGAUGAAGUGUUCUUCAGUUUUGCACCCGAAAAACAAAGAAGAAGAAAGGACAAGCCAGGAUUUUUACCAGGAAUCAAAGAAGAAGAAAAACCUGUGCCUGCUGUACCACCAGUGGCCAAAGAAAAAGUUGACGGACCCCCUGCUCCGUGAGUAUCAGUCAAAUACUGCAUUACAAAAACUGCUUUUCAUGUUCUUAAAAAAAAUUGCAUUUUACUGAUCACAAUAUAUUUUGCCCAUUCAUUUUUUUUAUCAUAACUUAUGAGUAUAAAUUAAUGUAAUCUAUAAUGAUAUAUUUUUUCAGUCGACCACCCACCCGCAGUAGGAGAGGACAAAGAAUUGCUGACAGACCUCGUGUUACCAACGCAAAUCGUCGAGAGUACGGCAAGGGUAUGGUAGGCAGAUGGUUGAAUAGAACCAUCAAGCGCAAGCGUUUGACAAGCACUGUCAAAAAACAGAUGGAAUCUCUUAGUGAUCACAGGUUGGUUUGACUGGCUUUUUAUGUGCAGUAUCAGAGAUUGUGAAUAUGAAAAUGAUAUAAUUCUCUUUUAAAACAGCCCCUGA